AUGACGAACCCACGACCUGAGCAGCACCAGUUUAAGGAUACGGGUGCAACUAGCACAAAUCCAAGAUCCAACACGGAUGUAUAUACGCCAAAUUCAAUAUUCCGCAUGGAUUUGACAGCACUUGAACAACGAGUCUCUCGUCUUGAGCCGACGGCGGCUUUCCAAGAUCAUGUAAUCCAUGCUGUUGGUCAACUGGACACAAUUGUCAACGGUUUCGACGAGCGUCUAGUCACAAUUGAGAAUUGCUAUGAAGCUCAUGCAAACAUCGAGAAUGCCCUAGACGCCUUCAGGCAGCAUCUCGAGCGGUUUGAUGCUCUCAGUAAGGCUGUUGAGAAUCAAUUGGAUAUGUUUAACAGACGGCUUGAUCGUCUCGAAACUCUCAGUGGUGCUAUUGAGCAUCAACAAGAUGUGUCCAACCGACGGCUUGAGCAUCUCGAAGCCCAAAAUGAUGUCAAUCCGCUGCGAACUUUGAUGGCUACACUGGCAUCUCAAUUAUGGCAGACCAACCAACAACUUGAGGAGUUUGAGGCUCGUAUGGUUGAACAGAAUGAGCAUUCGGCACAGAUGUUGAAGGCUACAAGGGCUGCAGUUGAUUUAACUAAGGCUCCUUCAUCUGGGCUUAUUCCUCUUGGGGCCCUUCCAUUCGGGACUACUCCUCUUGGGGCUACUCGUCAUAGGACUGUUUCUCUUGGGGCUGCUCCUCUUGGAACUGCUCCUCUUGGGACUACUUCAGCCGCGAAUUCCCAUUUAAUGCACAACGGCAAUAGCGCUAUCCAGCCGGUUACGAACGAAGGCACUAAUAGUCAGAUAGAGACACCUCAACCUCUUGACCCUGUGCCGAGUGAUUCUCGUCAUCCGACGGGUGAUGAAGGCGGUAUUACGUUUAAGCAGUUACAGCCCCUACAAGAAUUAACUCUGGAGAUAUUCCAACAAUCCACACUCUCUGAACCCCCAGGCGUGGUGCAUCCCCAACCCCGUCCAACAACCACAGACCACUCCCCAAGUCUCCGACUCCAUCAAGGAGACACAAAUGGUCACGAAAAUCAAGCCCAGCAAACACAGCCAGCUCAACCCAUGACUUACAGCCAAGCUCUACGCGGAAGUGGAGUCGCAGACGUUCAUCCAGGUCAAGCUCAGCCCGCGCAACGAACUCAGGCUUCAGGCCAAACGUAG